UGGGAAAUGGCGGCUGCUGGUUUAUUAGCUGUUGCAGGGGCAGCGGAGUACUCUGGCCCAGUAGCAUCCGGAGGUAACCUCUCCGGUGUUGACUGCGGCCCACGUCCCGGAGCAGGCCCUGGUCCUGGCCCAGGCUCGUGGAGCCGCUCUCUCGAUCGAGCCCUGGAGGAGGCGGCAGUAACCGGGGUGCUGAGCCUGAGCGGCCGGAAACUGAGGGAGUUUCCCCGGGGAGCGGCCAACCACGACCUGACGGACACCACCCGGGCGGACCUGUCACGAAAUCGCCUCUCAGAAAUCCCUUUAGAAACAUGUCACUUUGUUUCUCUUGAAAAUCUCAACUUGUACCAAAAUUGUAUUCGGUAUAUCCCAGAGGCAAUUCUAAACCUACAAGCUCUAACAUUCUUAAAUAUUAGUCGGAACCAACUGUCAACAUUGCCAGUACACUUGUGUAAUUUGCCAUUGAAAGUCUUAAUUGCAAGUAAUAACAAACUGGUUUCACUUCCAGAAGAAAUUGGACACCUUAGACAUUUGACAGAACUUGAUGUAAGCUGCAAUGAAAUUCAAACUAUACCUUGCCAAAUUGGUAAUCUGGAGGCCUUGAGAGACCUUAAUGUAAGAAGAAAUCACUUAGUACAUUUGCCUGAAGAGCUGGCAGAGUUGCCUUUGAUACGGUUAGAUUUUUCAUGCAAUAAAAUUACAACAAUCCCUGUUUGUUAUCGGAACCUCAGGCACCUACAGAUGAUCACCCUAGAUAACAAUCCACUACAAUCACCUCCUGCACAGCCUACAGAUGAAUUUUCAGAUCUGCCUCUUAGAGUAGCAGAGAUUACUAAAGAGCAAAGACUACGAAGAGAAAGCCAGUACCAAGAGAAUCGCAACAGCUUAGUAGUAACAAAUGGUGGAGUGGAACACGAUCUGGAUCAGAUCGACUACAUUGACAGCUGUACCGCAGAAGAAGAGGAGGAGGAGGUGAGACAGCCCAAGGGCCUGGACUCAGACAGCCUCAGCUCACAGUUUAUGGCAUAUAUUGAACAACGGCGGAUCUCUCAUGAGGGUUCACCAGUAAAGCCUGUAGCCAUUAGGGAGUUUCAAAAAACAGAAGAUAUAAGAAGAUAUUCACAUCAAAACAGGGUUCCCAUUGAGCCAUCUUCUCUCUUGUCACUACCACCAAGUCACAAUCAGCUAUCACAUAAAGACGUGGAACUUCAUCGGAGAAGAGAACAAUUAGUAGAGCGUACUCGGAGAGAGGCACAGCUCGCUGCCCUGCAGUAUGAGGAGGAGAAAAUAAGGACCAAACAGAUUCAGAGAGAUGCUGUCCUGGACUUUGUCAAAGUGAGUCAUUUGAAUUCAUUGAGUGCCCAACAUUUCCUUCUUGAUGGUCAUUCUCAAUGUCCCUUCCCAUCCAGAAGGUCUCAGCACACUGAUGAUAGUGCCUUGUUAGUGUCGCUGUCAGGGUUGAAUCAAGUGGGCUGUGCUGCUAUGCUGCCUCAUUCUUCUGCCUUCACACCUCUUAAGGAAAUUCAUCAUUCCCCUGCAUAUUCUUUUCCUGCUGCUAUCCAGAGAAAUCAGCCCCAGUGCCCUGAAAGCUUCCUUUUCCGAGCAGCGGUCAGGGCAGAAACAAGUAAAGGUCAUGCUUCACCCCUUCUUCCAUCUUCUGCACCUACCACUGAUUCUACAGACCCCAUAACAAGACAGAAUUCAAGACAGAGAGAGGAGGAGCUGGAAUUAAUAGAUCAACUACGGAAACAUAUCGAGUACCGGUUGAAAGUAUCUCUGCCUUGUGAUCUUGGAGCAGCUCUAACCGACGGUGUUGUUCUUUGCCAUUUGGCCAAUCAUGUGCGACCUCGAUCUGUCCCAAGCAUUCAUGUUCCCUCACCAGCUGUACCUAAAUUAACAAUGGCAAAAUGCAGGCGAAAUGUGGAGAAUUUCCUAGAAGCUUGCAGAAAAAUUGGUGUACCUCAGGAGCAAUUAUGUUUGCCUCUCCACAUUUUAGAAGAGAAAGGUUUGAGCCAGGUUGCAGUGACGGUCCAGGCUCUCCUAGAACUUGCCCCACCCAAGCAACAGCAGCACCAGUUAUCUGCUGUUUAAGGACUCCCAGGACCUUGGGCGUUGGCCUAGCCAAAGCAAGGAACAGGACAACGUGAUUGCUGCUGCCCGCUGUCUGCUUAAACAGAGCUCUUAUGUGUUCUUAGAAGGGACUGUUUCCCCGAUUCCUAACAGGAAUAUGUUGCUUCAUUUCUCCAUUUUAGGGGAGGUUACAUCCAUUUCCAUUGAAUUUUUUUAUGAAGACAUAGUUGGUUUUCUCAAAUGAAACUUCUCUCAUUACUGAGAACCCAACACCAAAGCCUAAACCGGCUGUGCUUUCCUAGAGAGCAGGCUUAUUUCACAUACCAGAAAGCAUAUCUUCUCAGGAAGAUAUUUGGCUCUCUUGAAGGCACAAACAUGCUGUUAUCUUUACCUGUUCUCAAGACAUCUACAGUCCACUGGUUUCUAAGCUUAUUCAUUCAUUAGAAUCUCCUGGAGCAUUUGUUAAAAUACAGAUU